CACAUCUUUUUUGUUGUUGUAAUUUGUAAAGAUGUGUCCAACAACACUUUGUUAUUCAUCCAAUUCAUGCCUUAAUGCAAGAAAUGAAAUUUUUUCAUCUAAAAAAUGCAGAACAAAAUUACCGAUAAGAGCUGAUCAUCAAGUUCUUACAGUUUAUCCUAAGAAGAGAGAAAAAUCCAUUCAUGAAUUAUUAUCAGUACAAGGAAUUUCUUACACUCAUCGAUGCGUUCGCGAAGUUGUUUGGAAACAAACACAUGUUACAAAUGAUUUGUGCUGUAGAAAUCCAAGUUUUGAUCCUAUGUUUCUUGAUGAAGCUUAUGAAUUAUGCAGGAAAAUUUGUUCAGAAUAUGCUAAAACUUUCUACUUAGGGACUAAGCUAAUGACUGAAGAGAGACAAAAGGCAAUAUGGGCUAUCUAUGUAUGGUGCAGAAGGACAGAUGAACUUGUUGAUGGACCUAAUGCUGAUUACAUGAACAACUCAGUUCUUGAUAAAUGGGAAGAGAGAUUAGAAGACAUUUUCAACAACAAACCUUAUGACAUGCUUGAUGCUGCUUUAACUGAUACCAUUUGCAAGUUUCCUUUAGACAUCAAGCCGUUCAAGGACAUGAUAGACGGAAUGAGAAUGGACACGAGGAAAAGCCGGUAUGCAAAUUUCCAGGAGCUGUAUAUGUACUGCUACUGUGUGGCUGGAACAGUUGGCCUAAUGAGUGUACCAAUAAUGGGAAUUGCACCAGAAAGUCCUGUUUCAGCUCAAACAGUAUAUAAUGCAGCACUUCAUUUGGGCAUAGGGAAUCAACUUACUAACAUUCUAAGAGAUGUUGGAGAAGAUGCAUUGAGAGGAAGGGUUUAUCUGCCACAAGAUGAACUAGCACAGUUUGGAAUACGCGACGAGGACGUGUUCACGAGGAAAGUGACAGAUCAAUGGAGAGAAUUCAUGAAGGAGCAGAUCAGAAGGGCAAGAUUUUACUUCAAUCUUGCUGAGGAGGGUGCUUCACAUCUCAACAAAGCUAGUCGUUGGCCAGUUUGGUCAUCCUUAAUUUUGUACAGGAAGAUAUUGGAUGCAAUAGAGGAGAAUGAUUAUGAUAACUUGACAAAGAGAGCUUAUGUUGGAAGAGCUAAGAAAUUUGUCACUUUACCUAUUUCAUAUGCUAGAGCUUUAUCCUUGCCAAGUUUGGCCAGUCAAUAGACAAAAUACAAGAAAGUUGUCUAGUGUA